AUUACUGUCUGACCUUACCUUGGAAAAGCUUUGCACUCAACUUUUCUGUUCGAUCCAAUUCCCAGAUCCAAUCAUGAACGACGCAGAUGUGUCCAAGCAGAUCCAGCAGAUGGUUCGAUUCAUCCGCCAGGAAGCGGAGGAAAAGGCCAACGAAAUCUCUGUCUCCGCCGAAGAAGAAUUCAACAUUGAGAAGCUGCAACUAGUGGAGGCGGAGAAGAAGAAGAUCAGGCAAGAGUAUGAGCGCAAAGAGAAGCAAGUUGAAGUUCGUAAGAAAAUUGAGUACUCGAUGCAGCUAAAUAAUUCACGUCUUAAGGUUCUUCAAGCUCAAGAUGACUUGGUUAACUCUAUGAAAGAGGCAGCAUCAAAGGAACUCUUGAAUGUGAGCCAUGACCACCACGGUUAUAAGAAACUGUUGCAUGACCUUAUUAUUCAGAGUCUGCUCAAACUUAAAGAGCCUUCUGUUUUACUGCGUUGCCGGAAAAGUGAUGUACAUCUGGUGGAACAAGUGUUGGAGUCUGCAAAGGAAGACUAUGCAGAAAAGGCAAGGGUACACACACCUGAGGUCAUAAUUGACCACAUCCACCUCCCACCUGCUCCUUCCCAUCACAGUGCACAUGGUCCUUCCUGCUCGGGAGGAGUGGUAUUGGCAUCUCGUGACGGAAAGAUUGUAUGUGAAAACACUCUAGAUGCUAGAUUGGAAGUUCUUUUCCGUAAAAAACUUCCCGAGAUCCGCAAGCUGCUCAUUAGCCAAGUUUCAUACUGAUGUGUUGGAGGUCUUUGUGUUUGCUUUUAUUUAUUCCUUCAUCUCCAAAUUCUUGCUUCUGUUUUUUUUUCUCAUUAUUUUGCAGUUCUCACUACUAUACUUAUGUUCCGAUACUAAAACUGCUACUCGUCCGCUGAGAAUCUGGAUUCGGACAGCGUGUGUGAUUUAUGUGUCAUUUUUUUUAUAAAGUUUGUAAUAAGUGUAAAUUGUGGAAUCCCAUGCUUGGUUGGUUAAGAAUUGGAUAAUAAAAGUUCACUUCAGACUUUGUUGUACGUUUUUGCAGAUGACAUGACUUCUUUUAAUCGAUUUAUUUAUGGUUUUUUUACCUUAACUUGCAGUUUGUUCCAUUUGUGGCAUUGUGACGAACACAUUGGGGAAAAUAAUAAGCAUUGGACAUGGCAUCUUCAUGUAUUUCAUCUCAAAAUAAACUCUGUAUUUAAACGUCGCGAGACUAGCUUUUUAGAGACAAGAAAAAGUGUAAAUUAAAUAGAGGGUUUUCCA